CUCUGCGGAACCAUCGAGCAAGAGCUGCUCAGAACGGCGGAGUGGGAAGAGUGUGACACACUGACUAAACAGAAUGAAAAGAAGGUUCUUUGACACUGGUGUGAGGGGGUAAACCAACAUGGCCACCCGCCGUGUUCCGCUAGUCUUGCUAGCCUGCGGCUCCUUUAAUCCCAUCACAAACCAGCACAUGAGGCUGUUUGAGCUGGCCAGAGACCACAUGCACAGCACAGGUCAGUACCAGGUGGUGGGUGGCAUCGUGUCUCCAGUGAGUGACGGCUAUGGGAAGCAAGGCCUGGUACUGGCAAAGCACCGAAUCGCCAUGGCAAAGUUGGCGCUCCAGAGCUCCAACUGGGUCACGGUUGAUGAAUGGGAGAGCCAGCAGCCAGACUGGACGGAGACUGUGGUCACCAUGAGGUUGUUGGACAGGUAUCAUUAUGGGCGGAUUCUGGAGGAGUAUGAGCAGAGCACAGGAAUGCACGACGACUUCAGUGGAACCACGACUCCCCUCUCAGGCCCCUGUCCCCAGUUGAAGCUCCUGUGUGGGGCCGAUUUCCUCGACACUUUCAAGAUCCCCGGCCUGUGGCGGGACGACCACGUGGAGGAGGUGGCCGGGCGCUUCGGCCUCGUCUGCGUCAGCCGAGGGGGGCUUCAGCCCGAGCGGGCCGUGCACGAGUCGGACACGCUCUCGCGGCAGCGUCAAAACAUUUUCCUGGUGAGGGAAUGGGUGAGGAACGAGACGAGCGCCACAGAGGUCCGCCGGGCUCUGAGAAGGGAUCGGAGUGUGAAAUACCUGAUCCCAGACUCUGUGAUCGAAUAUAUUCACCAGCACAACCUCUACACGGAGGACAGCGAGAGAAGAAAUAAAGGCACAGUGCUGAGGCCGCUCGCCAAACAGGCACAGCCAGUAAAGAGUCUGGAUGGAGUAGGGAAAGCAGCAGAGCAACAAACAGCCAACAUGCCAGCUGAUUUGAACGGCUAUUGGAAAAUGAUUUCCAAUGAUAACUUUGAGGAGUAUCUGAAGGCUCUUGAAGUAAACAUUGCCAUCAGGAAAAUCGCCACCUUGUUGAAGCCUGACAAGGACAUUGUCCACAAUGGGGACCAUAUAAUCAUCAAAACCCUCAGCACCUUCAAAAACUACAACAUGGACUUCUAUGUGGGCAAAGAGUUUGAGGAGGAUCUGUCUGGAGUGGAUGACAGGAAAUGCAUGACCACCAUCACCUGGGAGGGAGACAAGCUGGUGUGUGUGCAGAAGGGAGAGAUCGAAGGAAGAGGCUGGACCCACUGGGUGGACGGAGAUGAGCUUCAUCUGUCUACACACACAACAGCGUCACCAGCUGCCAGCAUGCCUGCAGACUUCAGUGGGACAUGGAUUCUGGAAACCAAUGACAAAUUUGAGGAAUAUUUGAAAGCGUUGAAUAUUGACUUUGCUACAAGGAAAAUUGCCAUCUCGCUGUCUCAGACCAAAGUGGUAGCUCAAGACGGAGAGAAGUUCAACUUCAAAACACUGAGCACCUUCAGGAAUUAUGAGCUCGCCUUCACUGUAGGGGUUGAGUUUGAUGAGUGCACUAAGGGACUGGACAACAGAAACAUCAAGUGUCUGGUGACCUGGGAGGGGGACAAACUGGUGUGCACUCAGAAAGGAGAGAAGGCCAACCGUGGCUGGAAACACUGGAUCGAAGGAAACAAACUCUUCCUGGAGCUGACGUGUGAAAAUGUAGUUUGUGUUCAGGUAUUCAAGAGAAAAGAAUAA